CGCGCCUGAUCCGGGCCGAGCGGGUUGUAAAAUGAGACCCAUUCUACUCCAAGGGCAUGAAAGGUCCAUCACUCAGAUCAAGUACAACCGUGAUGGGGACCUACUCUUCACUGUUGCCAAAGAUCCAGUGGUUAAUGUCUGGUAUUCGGUGAAUGGAGAGCGUCUGGGAACUUACAGUGGACACACAGGAGCAGUUUGGUGUGUGGAUGUGGACUGGGACACGCGGCAUGUACUUUCUGGAUCUGCAGAUAACUCAUGCAGGCUGUGGGACUGUGAAACAGGGAAACAGUUGGCUCUCUUAGAGACAAACUCAGCUGUAAGGACCUGCGGCUUCGAUUUUGGUGGCAACAUAAUCAUGUUUUCCACUGACAAACAGAUGGGGUACCAGUGCUUUGUGAGCUUCAUUGACUUGAGAGACCCUACACAAAUUGAAGACAACGAGCCAUACAUGAAAAUUCCUUGCAGUGAGUCAAAGAUAACCAGUGCAGUGUGGGGACCACUUGGAGAGAACAUAAUCGCUGGCCAUGAGAAUGGGGAGCUGAACCAGUACAGCGCCAAGUCUGGGGAAAUAGUUAACAGCAUCAAAGAGCAUUCCAAGCAGAUCAAUGACAUUCAGACAUCCCGAGACAUGACAAUGUUUGUUACAGCAUCCAAAGACUGCACCUCCAAGCUGUUUGACAGUACAUCACUUGAGCAUCAGAAAACUUUCAGGACUGAAAGACCUGUUAACUCUGCUGCCAUCUCACCCAUAUAUGACCAUGUAGUUUUAGGAGGAGGACAGGAAGCUAUGGAUGUAACCACAACAUCAACAAGAAUUGGAAAGUUUGAGGCCAGGUUCUUCCAUGUGGCUUUUGAGGAGGAGUUUGGCAGAGUAAAAGGCCAUUUUGGGCCUAUUAACAGUUUGGCAUUCCAUCCAGAUGGCAAGAGUUACAGCAGCGGAGGAGAGGAUGGAUACGUUAGAAUACAUUACUUUGACCCACAAUAUUUCGACUUUGAAUUUGAGUCGUGAGACAGCUGCUUCGUGCUUGGUUAUAUCCUACUUCACAUCUUUGCAUACACACACACACACACACACACACACACACAAUUGUAUUGACUGCUCAAUGAUAUCUUUACAAUAAAUGUUACUAUAUUUAUUGAAGCAAAAUAAACAUACUUUGCCACUGUUCUUUCCCCACCAAAAUGUUUCACAUACAUUUAUCUGUGGGAAGGAAAAUAACACAAUGCAUUUUUAAGAGAUAGUGACACAAGAAAUCUACUGUAACACUUUUUUUGCAUGCUAUUUAUAAUUUUGCCUUAAAAGUAUUUGGCCAAUGCUUUUACAUUACCUAUGUCAUCCCCCUUUUUCCUCUGUGAGGGGGCUGCAGUAGUCUUUUAGCAUUUAAAACUCUGACAGGUUGGUAAAACAGUCAUAUUGAGGAUCUUCAAGUAACCAUUGCUUAGAAAAGCAGACUAUCAACUAGAACUAUAGGUAACUUUUACUGUACUUUAAUAUUUGAGAGUAGUUUUUUAGUGUCAGUAUCACUUUAAUCAUUGGGUGUGCUAUACAGAGAGGGCUCAGUAAUUACAUCCUUUAAUUCACAUGCAGCUUCUCAGGUUGGAAACAUACUGCAAUUAUCAUUAAUCCAGGACAAAGCAACAGGCAUGAAUUUCUAUUAAAUGGAUUUAUGCUUUGAUGUCAGGGGUGGUUUGUAUUUUCCCUCUGAAACAACAUCUGACAGUAUGAGAAAUAAACUGCCUUUAACUUA